AUUUCAUAUGUAAAUAUUAUUCGCACAUUACCUAGGUUCUCUCUUGAAAUGUAGUUCAAAAGUCAUGCAUUACUCAAACAUUCCUACCUCAUAUUCCAUACCUAUAUUAUAUAUUUGAAAUAUAUAUAAAUGAGAUGAUAUUUGAUGAUCAAAUAAAAGUUAUGGAAAGAUAUGUAGAUGAAGCUAUGCAGGAAAUAUUAAUUGCGCUUAAAGAAUUUAAUUACCUUGAUUCAACUCAAGAUUUUUACCCAGAUCAUGAAAAACAUAGCUGUUCUGACUCGGCCAUAUCAUCCAACGGUAAAGGCCGCAAACUGGAGCCCGAAUGGUUAGGUUUCAAAGGGUCUUUCAGGUUUAGUGGUGUACUAAACAACGAUCAGCCCACCAUAUCUACCAAUACCCAAUAUCCCAACGCUAGUUUGAACAAAAUAAAGGGUUUAACCAUCUCGAGCUUUAGAAACUUUCUCAGCCUCAGCAGAAAAACAACACACCCUUUAUUAAUUUCCCCCUCUAAAUCUUCAACAAGAACUCCUGCUAUCGGCUCUUUUUUCGAACACAGGAGUUCACGAAUGGGGCGAUCAAUUCAAGACUCUCAUCGUAGGUUGUCAUCACGUUUAACUGACUAUCACUUUUUCCGUAAGUGCCGCGAUGUUGUUCUAAGGCGACGCCCUUGGAUAUCCUCGUUCGAAUCUCGCAGACGCUCCCGUUACAGCGAUAGUCAUCAUGCCACUAACCGUUCAUUUUUCUCUUCUACUUCCUCCUCGUCCUCUUCAAUAUCUUUAAAGGGGAUUGAUAACCAUAAAGAAAUAACGGAGGAAGGCGAACAAAAUGAAGAGUUAGCCAUAUCGAUGCUCGAUCCAUGUGAUACUUUUUCCGCUUGCUCAUCACACUCUCGCGCGGAUUACGCGCAUGAUAAUCUAUUUGUUCGUCAAGUCCCAACUUCCGCUAGCUUUGUCGAAUACUCAGAGGACGUUUCCAGUAGUUCCGUGGCCAUCUUUCCUCACGGUUACUACCUACGUAAGUCACAUUUUCGCUCAGCACCUGACCUCUAUCAUCGUUUGUUGGCCCAGAGGCCUGAUACACCUCCAAAAAAUAAGGUUAGACUUUUUGCGAUUUGCAAGAGGGUGUCACACGCAGCUGGUCUUAAGUCAACUCGUGAUAUUUGGCAUCCCACCUCUCCUAUUAAUACACUUGACGAAAGUUGUGCUCUCGAUUUUCCAAGAGAUACUAAUAGCUUCUUUAAACCGUCCCGACGCUACGAAACCUACGACCGUCAACGAUUUCGCUGCCCCGAUGCAACCCUCUUUAGCUCGCCUCAUUCCCCGCUUUCGGACCAAGAUGACUCUAGUCAAAAUCGUCAUGGUAAGCGAGUCGGUGGUGUGAGUCGUUACGUAUCGCUAUCAUUAGCGUCAACUAAAGACCUGGCACUACUACGUAAUGCCGCCUUGGUGCGUUUCCCCCAAUACACUUCCGCUCGCAAUUUACUUAUAGCAGCCCCAUCCUCUCCCAGGUCCAUUACUCUAAAAAGCAGCGCCGGCGCUGCCCUUGUUACGCGUUUGACCGCACGACUUUUUGCCCCCGUUUUAUCUUCUGCCUCAUUUCCGCGUGGCUCACCCGCAUCUCUCUCAUCGUUUGUAUUUGGUUCUGCUUUACUGCGAGACGGAAAAUCACGCGGUCUGCCACCUAUCAUAACUUCGGCCUUGCAAUACAUUCGCUCUCAAGCUCAUGAUCACACAGGGGUGUUCCGUAAGGCUGGAUCUAGUGCUCGUAUAUAUGCACUUAGAACUCGUAUCGAAGACGCUUAUCGCCUGGGUGAAAAUACUGUACCUUUUUACGAAUUUCAAAUUUACGAUGUCGCCGACGUUGUUAAACAGUAUUACAGGGAGAUAGCUGAUGGACCUAUCUUCUCAAAAGAGAUGUCUCAACUUUUGAUUUCGAUAUUCGCAAAUGUUAAAGGUCGAGCUCGGUCCUGCUUACGAGAUCUAAACCGCUGGAGCCCGCUUUUAGCUGUCGAGAAGCGGGAAGCCCUUAUUCCGCUACUUUCCGUUCUUCGUUCUGUCUCUGUCGCCCCGGGAGCUCUCAUGACUGCCCACAACCUCGCCAUAUGCCUGACGCCCACUCUUUUCCACCCCUCCGUAUUUGAACAAGAAUCAAUUACGGCUUCCUUGGAAUCUCGCAAAAUAAAAACCAGCCCGGACCGCCUUGAUAAUUUAUGUUACAGUGGUUUAGAUAAUGAAGUCAGCUUUGGCGGUCAGCACGUUUGCUGUCCAGGGCCUGUGGGCACUAACGACUUGCGGUUUCAGGCCGGAGUUUCUUGUUUAGCCUUUCUCAUCGAAAAUUUUCGUCAGAUUUUUCGGGUUCCUAGAGAAUACCUAAACGCCAUCAGCGUUUCUUACGAAAAUGUUCGCGUUCCCGCCUUGAAUUUCCCCGAAGACAUAGAUAAAUUAGUUCGGAUUCAUAUCAUUGAUAUGUUUCAGAAACAUAUACGUAAGGUAGACCGUUUUAUCCGUCUGUCCCGAUUUGGGCACACCGAUAUCAAAAUGUCAUAUAAACCUUUGUUCCGGACUGAUUUUGGCCUGCCUUUGCAUCGUACAUUGGGCCGGAUAUAUCCAGCGGAAACGAGCUACGAGGUCUCUUUACUCACUCUCUUUAAAGUGUCCACUGUAGUUAACUGUGUCCCUGCUCGGUUAAUGUCUUUCAUUCAUUCCCAGAAAAAUUUUGUGCAAGUCGACAGCUCCUCUCAAAUAGCUGAUUUCAACGAGGACUUAAUCAAACUGGUAAAACCGCGAAUUAUCCAAAUUUUUGAUCCUGUCACUCGGAAAAGUUCUACAUGCAUCAAGACCAAUCUAUUAAGUCGAAACUGUGGUAAGUGGAUGUCGAUAUGUUUCUCUGUCUCAUCUGACCGGUUAUACGCGGUCUAUAAUCCUGUACCCGCCGAUACAUUCGAAAUUUAUUAUUCGGACAUGGUUAUAGCCCCCCGUCACAACGGAGUCUCCUCCCGACUCCUCUAUUUUUGCUGCAUCGAUGUCCCGGGUCUUUCGAACGAAUACCUCGUGGAUGCAUUUUCCAAAACUUUGCACAAAUACGUUUACGAUUUGAAACGACGUUUUACUUAAAUUUAUCAUAAAAGCUAUCUUUUAUUAUAUAAUAUUUAUAAAAUCGUGUCAUUUUGUAACCAAGAGUAAAUUGUAAAGGCAAAUUAUAUUCUAUAUACCCUUAUAAUUAAUAAGUUUAUCCCACUCCCCACCAUGAAAUGCUUAUGUUUUUAUUCUACAUAGUUUCUCCUAAAAAAUUAUUUCGUUAAGAAAAAACCACGACCUAUUUUAAAGGGUUAGAAUAAAAAUUAUUUUGUUUUUCCCAAUUUUUUUUUAUUUUAAAGUGUAAUAUAACAAAUCAGGAAACGCUUGACAUCGAUGACAAUUUUGAAUUUCAAGUAUAAUUUAUGUUACUAAAAAAAUUUUUUUUUAUUUGUUUAAGAUAAAUUCAUAUAUUUGUUGCCUCCUAUUAAAUACAUAAUGCGUUACUUGUUAUAUAAAAUUUUGAUCUUAUGUAUAUAAUUCAUUCCUUUAUGCGGGUCCAUAUU